AAGAGAAGGAGAAGAGCGUUUUUAAGCUUGAUAAAGGCUGCUCUGUGAUUUGAUUUGGUGUUCGUGAGAAAAGUCAGGGUGAAAAUGUCGACAGCGUUGGAAUUGACCGGGUUCUUGCUCGGUGUUGCAUCUUGGUUGGUAACAGGCGCCGCUCUGGCCAACGACUACUGGAAAGUCUCGUCUUUCUCCGGUAGUGUCAUCAUCUCAAGCCGUCAGUAUGAGAACCUGUGGCACGCGUGUGCCGAAGACAGCUCCGGGGUCGCCAAUUGCCGAGACUUCGACUCCCUACUGGACUUAGAAAGCUUCCUCCAAGCAUGUCGGGCUCUGAUGAUCAUCGCCCUUAUCUUAGGCCUCUUCUCUAUGAUCGUGUCCAUCCUGGGCCUCAAGUGCAUUCAGGUCGGGAGCUCCAGCGAUCAAGCGAAGGCUAAGAAAGCCGUCGCUGGUGGCGUCCUCUUUAUCCUAGCAGGUCUUUGUACGAUGACGGCCAUCUCGUGGUACGCCGCACGCAUCGUUGAAGACUUUAAAAACCCUUUCAGUGGAGGCAUUAAAUUCGAGCUGGGGGCGGGACUGUACAUGGGAUGGGGCGGAGCAUGUCUCUCCAUUCUGGGCGGAGCUCUGCUCAGCUGCGCCUGCAAAGACGCAUCUUCAGGACAAGCCAAGGGUGGAUACUACGCCAGGAGUCAAGCGGCAAAGAUCCACAAACCCGUGUCUGAGUCAGAGACGGCAAGGGCUUACGUUUAAACCCCAGAGAUUUCUCUGCAUGUAGUGUUGUUACUUGGUUUUUCGUUUUAACCCACCCUUUUUUUUUCUACAUUUUUUUAAAAAUACGAGGCUCAUGAUUAAUGUGGAAUCGGAUUUGUUAAUGAUAAAAGAAUAUUUUACGGAUGUUGGAUAUUAUGUCGUUCGAUUACUGAGAUUUAUCUGUAUUGUGUUAUUUGUUUUAAAAGGCGAAGGCUAGUUGUGUGGUAAACAGAGUUUAUCUUGGGUUCAAUAAAGUUGAAUUGAAUGGAACA